AUGUCUAUCAACCUAGCUUGCAUAGUCGUGGGUUGUCUCCUGGCCUUAUACCUAGCUCAGGACUUUCUGUAUCCCAAAACCAAACCACUCCCACCCGGCCCACAACCCUUACCCUUGAUAGGAAAUAUCCAUCAACACCAAUCUGCAUCACCAUGGGGCAAGCAUCAGGAGUGGCACCGAAAAUACGGACCCAUCAUCACGUUAAAGCUAGGCUCGCGGACAGUGAUCAUGCUAGGGUCCCAGAAGGUAGUUCGCGACUUUGCCAGGAUGGGAUAUCUCUACUCUUCACGGCCUCGUCUGAUCCUUGUCGGGGAAUGGAUGUUCAGCGGUAUGCUUCCGGCACUUAUGCCCAACGGUGCGCAAUGGGACGCCUCCCACAAGCUAAUCGCGCCUUUAUUCGCCGGACAUGCUGUAAAAACAUACAAUGAAGCGGAGGCUCUGGAGAGUGCACGCAUGGUAUAUGAGCUGCUAGGGACACAGUGGCAUCCUACGUACUUCCGUACUUAUACAUCUAGCAUUGCAAAGCUCUUGGGGUAUGGGCAGCGGGACGGACCAGACCAGGCCGAUGAGGCUGCGCAAGUCGAGGCUCUGAUUUACGAGGCUUUCGGUGCGGUUUCCAUUGACAAGGUGCUGGUGGAUCUGUACCCCUGCUUGGAUCAUCUGCCAGCGGUAUUCGCCAAGUUUAAGAUGACUGCGCGGAGACACCAGAAGCGUGUUCUGGAUCUGUGGUCCUUGCGUGCCAAACGCGCUAUCCAACGAUCUGAUGUUUGGAGCUGGACGCAGGUGGUGCACAAGAAUAUGCCUGAAGCCGUCAUGUCUUGGGAGCAUUUUAUCUUUUUACUUUUCGAAUUGGAGUCUGCCGCAACCAUCACGACUGCCCAGUUCCUCAAUAUAUUUGUCACGAUCGCCCUUGAGCAUCCACAUUCCAUACAAAGAGCGCAAUCUGAGAUGGACGCGGUGGUCGGUCAUGACAAAUUGCCUAGCUUUACUGACCAGGAUCAACUCCCAUACCUGAAUGCGUUCAUAUUGGAGAUUGCGCGGCAUCGCACGAUGGUCCCCGUGGGGUUCCCACAUGCCGCUAUGGAAGAGGGUGAAUAUAUGGGCUAUCGCAUCCCAACCGAUGCACUGAUUAUGUCCAAUCAGUGGCUAUUAAACAUGGACGAAUCGACCUAUGAUAACCCAGAGGUCUUUCGGCCAGAUCGCUGGAUUGAGAAUCCUAGCUUACCAUUGCCGUCUCUAUUUGGUUUUGGGCGGCGAAAAUGCCCUGGGGAGAGAAUGGCCAAGGACUCUAUUUUUAUUGCGAUUGCACGCUUAUUAUGGGCAUUUGAUAUUAAACAAACUGCACAGGAAAAACGUGCAUCUUCAACAGACACUCAUAAUUUACUGUACAUACCACAAAUUGAAAACGUCACCUUUGAGGUCCGCAGCGCAAAACACCGGGCCGUGGUUGAGAGGCAAUGGCGGGAGUUGGAUAAGGAUGAGAGACAUCUUAUGGAAAGGAUCAGCCGGUAUAUGUAAGGUAGUUAGUUAUAUUAUGAUUACGCCAGGUUGCCCAUUCUCCACCACAGAGUCAGCCUAGCCUAACCACCAGUGGACACCUUUUCACACCGGUC